UAUCUCCGCUGCAUUCGGGCGGAAGGUGAGGUACACCCUGGACAAGUCGCCACCUCAUAACCUUCCUAAACUAAAAUGUACUACCAGUGAGACCCACCUAGAUUUUUGAAAGAAGCCGAAGGAGGAGAGGUCGUAGGCCGCCUUGAGAAGGUUGGAUUUGGUGACUCCUUUAUAAAGGAUGCUGAGGCUGUACAGUUUCAUGGUGCCGUUGGAUCCUUCUCGACUGACACGUCCCAACAGGCAGGAUGAUCUAAAAUACAGGAGCAGCAUGACGUAAUGGUAGAUCAAGUCCUGUCUGAGUUCAGGCUAAAAAAAGAAGAACUGAAAGAGAUCAUGAAGAGGAUGCAGAGAGAGAUGGACAGAGGAUUGCGUUUAGAAACGCACGAAGAAGCCAGCGUCAAAAUGUUGCCCACUUAUGUGUGCUCCACUCCAGAGGGAUCAGAGGUGGGCGACUUCUUGGCUCUGGACCUCGGAGGGACCAACUUCCGUGUGAUGCUGGUCAAGGUGGGUGCAGAUGAGGAGAGGAGCUGGAAGGUUGAGACCAACAACCAGAUGUACUCCAUUCCUGAAGAUGCCAUGACCGGGACGGCUGAGAUGUUGUUUGACUACAUCGCCGAGUGCAUGUCCGACUUUUUGGACAAGCACAAUAUCAAGCACAAGAAGCUUCCUCUGGGUUUUACCUUCUCCUUCCCAGUGCGCCACGAGGACCUGGACAAGGGAAUCCUCCUCAACUGGACUAAAGGUUUCAAGGCUUCUGGGGCAGAGGGAAACAAUAUUGUUGGUUUACUCAGAGAAGCUAUCAAGAGACGCGGGGACAUUGAGAUGGAUGUGGUUGCCAUGGUGAAUGACACAGUAGCCACCAUGAUAUCAUGCUACUAUGAGGACCGCAGCUGUGAAGUCGGCAUGAUUGUUGGUACAGGUUGUAACGCCUGCUACAUGGAAGAGAUGAGGACGGUGGAGCUGGUGGAAGGCGAAGAGGGCCGCAUGUGUGUGAACACAGAGUGGGGGGCGUUCGGAAACAACGGCGAACUGGAGGAGUUCAGGCUGGAAUAUGACAGAGUGGUGGACGAGACCUCCAUCAACCCUGGACAGCAACUUUUUGAAAAGCUGAUCAGUGGGAAGUACAUGGGCGAGCUGGUGAGGCUGGUCACGAUGAAGCUGGUUAACGAGAACCUGAUGUUUAACGGUGAGGCCUCGGAGAUCCUAAAGACACGUGGCAGCUUUGAGACGCGCUACGUCUCGCAGGUGGAAAGCGAUUCGGGGGAUAGGAAGCACAUUUUCAACAUUCUGUCCUCGCUGGGCGUGCUGCCCUCCGAGCUGGACUGCGACAUUGUCCAUCUGGUCUGCGAGAGCGUUUCGACUCGUUCGGCACACAUGUGCGGCGCGGGCUUGGCGGCUGUCAUCAACCUGAUGAGGGAGCGACGCAGCCAAGAUGCCCUGAAGAUCACAGUGGGAGUGGACGGCUCUGUUUACAAGCUGCACCCGUGUUUUCGAGACAGGUUCCACAAAAUUGUCAGGGAGCUCACGCCACAUUGUGAGAUCACCUUCAUCCAAUCAGAGGAGGGCAGCGGGCGAGGGGCGGCUCUCAUCUCAGCAGUAGCCUGCAAGAUGGCGGCUUGUUUGCUAACACAGUGAAAGACUGAGCAGGCUCGCCACUAAACUUUUGACUGUUGACUGCAUGACAUAAAGAAGUGCGCUUCACCAUAUUUGUUUAGAAGGCACCCUCAAUACAUUUACAUUUUGCACCUAUAACCAUCAUCUAGGCAUAAAAGCUUGCUCAAAAUCAUUUUCUAAUUUGUCCUUUGGCAUUGAUGAAUAUUUAUAAGAGUGUAUAGUGCAAGGUAGACAAUUCCUACUUUGUAAAUAUGGUGUAUCACUCUGUAUGUCUUAAACCAAACGUGUUGCUUUAUUGUUUUGUGGGUUGGGAUGUAGGCAACAAAUGUAUCUUUACCUUCAUAGUGAAAAAAAUUAAUUGGUAAGAAAAUUUGCUCUGGACAUGUGAUGGAAUAAAGAUUGCAACAUAGAGUAAAUGAUAGAAGAGUGUAGGCCAGUAAUGGUUGGGAGCAUAGACCAGGGGUCCCCACACUUUUUGACUCGGGGCCGCAUUGGGUUUAAAAAAUUUGGCCUGGAGCCGGGCUGUGUGUAUAUAUAUAUAUAUAUAUUCCUCGCGCACACAAUUGAAUGAAAGAGCGUGCACUUGCCGCUCGCUGCCCGACACGUUAUCGAUGUCACGUUAUUGAUGGGAAAAUGCAUUUUUAGACAAUAUGAUUUGCCUGAGUGGCUAGGAGACGCCGAGAGAACAAGUGGUAGAAAAUGGAUUACAAAGGACAUAUUUAAAAAAAAUAAAAAAAAUUUAAAUUAAAAAAAAAAAAAUUAUUGUUUUUUGCAAACAUGCAAACAUGUCUGCGUGAAGUCCCAAGUUAAAACAAAAGAAAAAAUAUUUUUUUAUAACUUGGGACUUCCCACGGGCCGGACUUUGGACAUAUCCGGGCCGUAGUUUGGGGACCUCAGGCAUAGACAAAUCACCCAUAAGGACACAAUAAACGACAACACUAAAUAUAAGACGACAGCUCAUUUUAAGACCCGUUUAUGGAAAAAUAAUUUUUUAAGAUAACGAUUUGUAGAUUGCAAUAAAAAAAAGGACAGUAUAUUUCUUACUUGCUGAACAGUUAUUUGGUGACUCAGCUUUAUUGAUCAGCAUUACCUUUAUGACCAUCCGAACUCCUCUGUUUGCUAACUUGUCGAUUCCAAAUGUACAUAAUAAGAUGUGCUUUACUAGU